AAAGCCAUUUUAAACAGAUAGACCAAUAUCCUGAGACAAACAAAACCAGACUAAAAUACCAAACAAGUUUAGUCCUAGAGAAUCAAAUCGAUGUCCCUCAUUAUGGAGAAGAAGAGCUCAACUCCUCUUCCCCAUCUACUCAUUCUUUCAUUCCUAUUCAUAUCCACUUCUCUCUUCUCCCUCACCCACGCCGCCGGCGGCAAAUGGCAGCUGCUUCUCCCAAACGUCGGCAUUUCCGCCAUGCACAUGCAGCUCCUCAAAAAUGACCGCGUCGUCAUGUUCGACCGCACCGACUUCGGAAAAUCCAACCUCCCCCUCCCCAACGGCCGCUGCCGCAACAACCCCAACGACACCGCCCUCAAAGUCGACUGCACGGCUCACUCCGCCGAGUACGACGUGGCGGGCAACAAAAUCCGUCCUCUCUUUGUGUACUCCGACGUGUGGUGCUCCUCCGGGUCGGUAAACCCCAGUGGAACUCUAGUCCAGACGGGUGGAUUCAACGACGGAGAGAAAAGGGUGAGGACUUAUGACCCGUGUGCUACCUGUGACUGGAAAGAGAUCGAAAACGCGCUGACCAACCGGAGAUGGUACGCCACCAAUCAUGAACUCCCCGACGGACGGCAGAUAAUCAUCGGCGGAAGGCGGGAGUUCAACUACGAGUUCUACCCCAAAAGUGGAGGAUCCAUGAACGCACAUAGUUUACCUUUUCUUGUUGAGACAAGUGACGGCAACGCCAUAGAGAACAAUCUCUACCCUUUUGUUUUUCUCAACGUUGAUGGCAACCUUUUCAUCUUCGCUAACAAUCGAGCCAUUUUGUUCGACUAUGCGGCCGGUAAAAUCGUCAAGACCUACCCUACUAUACCCGGUGGAGACCCACGGUCGUAUCCGAGCACCGGUUCCGCCGUGUUGCUACCUCUGAAAAGCUCAAAAGGUCAGGUUGUGGCAGCUGAGGUUUUAGUAUGCGGUGGAGCUCCCAAAGGCUCUUAUGUUAAAGCUGCAAGUGGGACAUUCGUGGAAGCAUUGAAGACAUGCGCACGGAUCAAAAUAACCGACCCGAGCCCGCAGUGGGGUAUGGAAACCAUGCCUCUAGCUAGAGUCAUGGGUGACAUGACGUUACUUGCCAACGGUGACGUUUUAAUCAUCAACGGUGCCGGAUCAGGUACCGCCGGGUGGGAGCUAGGUCGGAACCCGGUACUGAACCCGGUUGUUUACAAGCCCGAUAAUGCGGUCGGGUCACGAUUCGAGCAGCAAAACCCUAGCACCAUUCCACGGAUGUAUCAUUCCGCUGCAAUACUACUACGUGAUGGGAGAGUUCUUGUUGGAGGUAGUAACCCUCACAUUCGUUACGAGUUCUCAAACGUGCUGUUCCCGACCGAGCUUGCCUUAGAAGCGUUCUCACCUAGUUACUUGGAGUCACAAUUCGCAAGCAUACGUCCGAGCAUCUUUUCACCUCUGUCACAAGUUACGGUUGGUUACGGCCAGAAGCUAGCCGUUCGAUUUUCGAUAACGGGGAAAAUAGCACUGAACUCUGUGUCCGUUACAAUGGUGUCACCUUCGUUCACUACACACUCGUUCUCGAUGAACCAGAGGCUACUGGUUCUUGCUUCCGAGAAUGUUAUAGCUGUGGGGAACUUGAAGUUUGAAGUUCAGGUUACGACGCCGGCUACCGGUAAUCUUGCACCGUCUGGAUAUUAUCUCUUAUACGUGGUUCACCAGCAGAUUCCAAGUGAGGGUAUUUGGGUCAAGAUUAAGUAAUAUGUUACUAGAAGAUAAGAGAUAUAGGUAUAUAUAGUCGUAUAGUUGCCUUCUCAAACUUAUUUUCAUCUUUUACAUUAUUUAUUCUUACAGUUUUUACAAAUUGUAUUAACUGUAUCAAAUAUUUGUAUGUUAAGUCGCUGAUCAGUAAUGUUAAGUCGCUGAUCGAGUAAACAACUACUGGAUCCUUCUAAAUUUGGUAAAUUC